AUUCUUCUUGCCCAUAAAUAAAUAUAGCAACGUGCUUAUCGAAAUUGUGCUCUCUAUUUUUUGUCGUCCUGUCGCAGUAUACUAUAAAAUAUGCAUGGAAAGCUUUUGACAAGUUAUCUAUCUAUGUUCCAUAAAAAAUUGUGUUGUUUUUUAUGCGAUUAAGUUUUCAUUUUUAAAAGAUAUACUAGAAAUAUAUGGAAGUGAGAGGCAUAAAUUAAUCAGGCGUAUUUUUUUUUGGUUUGGUGUGAGUUACAAUUUUUUCUGUUUUUUAAUUUUUUUGGUGCACUGCAGUUCAUUGGAUAUAUCGGAUAUAAAAAGCCAUAUUUUGGAUAUUUUUUGGAUUACAGUGUUGUUUUGGAUAUAUAAUAAAAUUUCACAUUCUGGAUUUUGUUUGUCAUUUAUAUAUAUCUCCAUACUACGACACACAGUGCGAUUCUAUUUUAAUGGGCUAUCGUUCGACUAAACUUAAGAUGAAUCGAAUAGUAUGAUACGAAACCCUAGUUUAUUGGGUGGUGUUUAAUCAUGUCAAGCCAUUCCGGAACAAUUGGACGAUCGCGCGGUCUGUCAGUCGGUAGUCAGAUCCGGCGUCAACGUUCCGUUGAAUGGCGGCAUGAACAUGGUUACAGUAGCAGCGAAGACGAUGAACGAAUUGGUCGUGGAUCAAUCAAUCCAUCAUUUGAUAGUCAAUUACUGGCCCAGCUGAUUGCUCAAAGUCAACAGCUAUCAAAUAUCGAAAAUAAUUAUCGCUCUGACGGUAAUCCAGACGAUGCACAACCAACGGAUAACUUAUUGUAUUCGUCGUCACAACAUCAGAGUAACGAUUCUCCAAACAUUAGUAAUAGAUCACCAUUACAACUUAGACAGGCAUCACCGUUUCCAUUAGAAUCGACAAAUUCUCGAAGAAUUCACUAUGUCAAUCCACAGGAACGUUUACUAUCAAGUGGUGAGGCAAUAUACGCUUCAACCGGAAAAUCAGUGCCAAUGUCAAACAGUACACUGCUUCGUACGAGUGGCCGAUCGGCCAGACAUAGUCGCGGCGGAGGUGGAAUGACGUCAUCCAGUAGUGCAUCGUCGAAUAGUAACAAUAAUCUAGAGCGAUAUCGUGAAAGUCGCGAAAAUCGCGAUCAAAAGGACAAAGAUGAUGGCAAAGACAGCCAUCGACCGACUAGAUUAUUGCUUCAAAAUGACAGAGAUGAAGAUGAACCACCUCCAGAGCCUGCACCACCUGAAGUCCCACCUAGAGCCCAGUCUUUACUCGCUUCCAUAAAGAAACUAUCUAGUCAUACAAUUAAAAUGGACGAAAAUGGAGACCUGAAGCACGAAGAAUUCAUACCAUCAAAUCAGCACGAAUAUCUUAUGACCGGAAGCCCUCGAACCGCCGGAUACCCUGCUAGGUCGCCCAUUUCGACUGAAUCGCCAAAUCAACACAGGUACGUUCACAACAUGAUUCCACCAGAUCCAUUACAAACACCUUAUAUUGAGAGACUUGCCCCUCCAUUGCAAUCUGGACAACAACAGAUGUCACAGAGUAUGUCGGGCGCCAAUAAUACAGGACCCCAUUGUCAAUUGGGUGGUUCGUCGCCCUUAGUAAUGCCAGUUUUUCCACUUAGAACAUCACAUUCAGCGCAUGGACAACAUUAUUCGCCAUACUCACCCUCCAGGUUUCACAUAGACAAACGAUGCCAGCACAGGUGUUCAUGGAAAUGUUUUAGUAUUGCCUUAAUUUUAUUAGCUGUUAUACUCACAGCUAUGCUGGCCUACUUUGCUGCUGUAAGUUCGAUGAAACCCAGUAUGGAUCAAACAAAUUGUAUUCUAGUCCAGGAUGUAAAGUCCGUUACACAUGAUCAAAUCACUCAAAACUCAGAUGGACCCACACAAAUUCCCACCGAAGAAUCACUGCCAACCAGCACAGCUGACCAUAACAUCUUUACAACACAACUGCAUCAAAAUGGUUUGCAUAGCAGCGGCUUAGCACAGCAGCAACCACAUUAUCAAGAUCAACAAUAUAUUGCCCAGCAGGCUCAUCAAACACAACCGAAAUGGCCUGUCUUAGAACUAAGAGAAUUUAACGAAUUAUAUCAUGCUACAGUCCCUCCAUAUCAAUUUUGGAAUUCGGAAUUCAAGAACAAGCAUCCAGCGUUCAUUCGUUUUAAUUUUACUCUCCCUUGGGGUGCUAAUUUUGCGGUUUAUGGUCGUCGUAAUGUAGCACCAAGUGUCACGCAAUAUGAUUUUGUUGAAUUUAUUAAGGGUGGACGGGUGGAUAAUAGAUUACGAAGACGAAGGAAGAGACAUGCUACCACUAUAAAUACGAAUGAUGACAACAAUAUUAACAUUGAUAUUUCUGGCGAUGCUGUUGCUCAUAAUUAUGAAUUUGAAAAAAUCACAAAUGAUGUGGGAUUCGGCAUUCAAAAUGACGCGCAAUUAAAUGGCAGUGAAUGGUCAACGUUGACAUUAUUUUUUGAUUCGCAAUUGCAUCUCACACCCGAGCAACGGCACAUCAUUUCGAAGAGGUCAUCGUCUGAUGCAUUGCCCACCCUGGAUAUGGACACAAUGAUGGUUAAUGUUAGCUUGUUACAAUACUUGGACACGGGUCGAUGGUUUCUGUCGGUGUACAAUGACGAAUUAUUGGCACAUAGUGUUACGUUAAUAGUUAGCGAAGCGGAAGGGGUCAGUACAACAUGCCCGAAUGAUUGUUCAGGUCGUGGUUCAUGCUAUUUGGGAAAAUGUGAUUGUAUCGAUGGAUAUCAGGGUGCAGACUGUUCGAAAAGUAUUUGUCCAGUGCUUUGCUCAUCCCACGGCCAUUACGGUGGAGGAAUCUGUCAUUGUGAAGAAGGUUGGAAAGGUCCCGAAUGUGAUGUCCCAGCGGGUGAAUGUCAAGUACCCCAAUGUACCGGUCACGGACGUUGUAUCGAAGGUGAAUGCCAUUGUGAACGUGGCUGGAAAGGACAGUUUUGUGAUCAAUCCGAUUGUGUGGAUCCAUCAUGUUCUGGACACGGCACCUGUGUUAGUGGUUUGUGCUAUUGCAAAGCCGGUUGGCAAGGCGAUGAUUGCAGUUCGGUGGAUCAACAAGUUUAUCAAUGUUUACCUGGUUGCUCGGAACAUGGUACCUAUGAUUUAGAAACUGGAACAUGUGUUUGCGAGCGCCAUUGGACUGGUCCAGAUUGUUCGCAGGAUGUGUGCAGUCUUGAUUGCGGCCCGAACGGAGUUUGUGAGUCUGGAAAAUGUCGUUGUAAUUCUGGAUGGACCGGAAAUCUUUGUGAUCAACUGCCUUGUGAUUUGCGAUGUGCUGAACACGGUCAAUGUAAAAACGGUACUUGUGUUUGCUCGCAAGGAUGGAACGGACGUCAUUGUACAUUACCUGGUUGUGAAAAUGGAUGUUCUCGUCAUGGACAAUGUACCCUUGAGGACGGCGAAUACAAAUGUGUAUGCAUUGAGGGAUGGGCUGGUAGUGACUGUUCAUUAGCCCUUGAAAUGAAAUGUGAUGACAAUAUUGACAACGAUCAUGACGGCAUGACCGAUUGUUCUGACAGUGAAUGUUGUUCUCAUCCCGUUUGUGCCGAACACAUUAUGUGUCUCGCGUCAAAUGAUCCCGUCGAAGUGCUACUACGCAAACAGCCUCCAUCCGUUACAGCAUCAUUCUAUCAACGCGUCAAAUUUCUCAUCGAAGAGAAUUCCGUUCAGUCGUACGCCCAUAUGGACGAAUACAGCGAAAGCGAUUUCUGGAAUUCGUUCACACCGUGCCGAGUAUCUGUGAUGCGUGGUCAAGUGGUGACGCCACAAGGUUUGGGUAUCGUCGGUAUACGGGUUUCAGUUGAUCGGGACUCUAGAUUUGGAUUUACGCUGACGCGACAAGGAGGAUGGUUUGAUGUUCUUGUCAAUGGUGGCGGAGCUGUUACAUUACAAUUUCAGAGAUCACCUUUUCGUCCAUUAACACGAACAGUAUUUGUACCAUGGAAUCAGAUAGUCGUUUUACCACCUGUACAGAUGCAAUUAAGCGACGAAGACGACCAUGCACGUCCGUCGUUGAAACUGUCGACACCACAUCCAGCCUACAGUUUCCUAAAUACAAUUUCAUAUCAUUUUACCGAUGAUGUCACACCAUCCGGUGCCAUAUGUUUAGAUCAUGACCACGAAUUGCUUAAACCACAAUUGAUUAGCACUUGGAUGCCAAAUGGUGUCGGUUCAAUGCCUGGUAAACGGGUCAUCUUUGCCGAAACACAGAUUGUGCAAGAGGCGAUUCAAAUACCGGGCUCUGGUUUACAUUUAACCUAUCAAUCGUCACAGGCUUCUGGUUACUUGAGCAUUGUUCGAAUGCGUUUGACUACGGAACACAUUCCGGAAACGUUGACUCAUGUUCAUGUUGGUGUUGAAAUCGAAGGAUCGUUGCAUGUAAAAACGUAUGAAGCGGAUCCAAAUUUAACGCACAUAUUUGCAUGGAACAAGCGAAAUGUGUACAAGCAAAAAGUUUAUGGCGUGUCUAUUGCCCGCAUUUCCGUCGGUUAUCAACAUUCCACAUGUAAGGUACCAGUUUGGGAAACACAAACAGCCAAAUUGCAAGGAUUUGAUGUCGACAUUUCGGAUGUUGGCGGCUGGGGAUUGGACAUCCAUCAUCAUUACAAUUUCCAUGAGGGAAUACUACAGAAGGGAGACGGUGCAACGUUCCAUAUGAAAGAAUAUCCCAGAACGGUUAAGGUUGUAAUGGGAACUGGACUGCAGCGACCAUUGAACUGUCCGGAUCAUUGUAAUGGCAUCGCAAAGGACGCAAGAUUAUUAACACCGAUUGCAUUAGCAUCAGGCGCCGACGGAAGUUUAUAUGUUGGCGAUUUCAAUUUGGUGCGAAGGAUUACACCCGAAGGCAAAGUGUUUACCGUUCUUCAGUUAAGUGCGACCCAGGUUUCUUAUCAAUAUUACCUGACGGUCUCUCCUGCUGAUGGUCAUUUAUAUGUGUCUGACCCGGAAAAACAUCAGAUCCUAAAAGUGUUGGCAGUGGACAAAAUUCGUGACCCUUCAAUCAAUAGUGAGCCGGUAGUCGGUAGUGGACAACGGUGUAUUCCCGGCGAUGAGAAUAACUGUGGCGAUGGCGGUCUAGCUUCUCAAGCUCGACUGUCCCAUCCGAAGGGUAUCGCUAUCGCUGCUGAUAAGACGAUGUACAUCGCAGACGGUACAAAUAUUCGCGCUGUAGACCCGAAAGGAAUUAUUCAUACUCUAAUCGGUCACCAUGGACAUCACAAUCAUUGGAGUCCGGCACCUUGUAAAGGUGCGCUACUAGCAAGCCAAACGCAAUUACAAUGGCCGACUGGCUUAUCGUUGAGCCCACUGGACGGUUCACUUCAUUUUAUCGAUGAUCGGCUGGUUUUGAAAUUGACUUCUGACCAAAAGAUUAAAGUAGUAGCUGGUACGCCUUUACAUUGCAACACCAAUAGCGGAACAUCCGAUAAAAACAAAACGUCCGAAAAUGUGUUGGGAACUGUUUUGGCAAUGGCAUUUGGACCAGCUGGACAUUUGUAUGUUGCUGACAGCGAUUCCAGACGGGUGAAUUCAAUUAGAGUUGUCGACACCGCUGGUUUGAUGAAAUCAUUUGCUGGACGACAAGAAGCUGGGUCUCAGGCAUGCGAUUGCAAUAGCAAUGGCAAUAAUGGUACAGUCACAACACUGGCGACCACAGUGAAUCCAACUCGUAAUAGCGGAAGUGGUGUAAAUCCCGGAAUAACCACCCCCAUGAUGAUGAUGGCUACGACGACAACGAUGACGGGCUGUCCUUGUGCAGUAAACGUUGUAGGUGGAGGAGCUAUAACGGGCAAUGGGAAUACAAUUGGGUCGGGCACCGGAUCGAUGGGUGGUAAUAGUGGUGCAUAUAGCGACGAUGCAACGACAAGUAAUGCGGAAACACUUUUAUCAUCGAACGCAAAGUUUCAGGCUAUAUCAGCGAUUGCUGUAACACAGGACGGUGUUAUUAAUGUUGCCGAUCAAGGCUCGCUGCAUAUACUAGCCCUACAGCAUUACCUUCCCAGUCACGAUGAAAACGGCGAAUUUCAUAUCCCAUAUCCACCAACCAGUGAAGUUUAUGUCUUCAAUAGAUAUGGUCAGCAUGUAGCCACAAAAGACUUAGCUUCAGCUAAAACACGUUACUCAUUCCUCUAUUCGAAAAACACAAGCUUCGGUAAACUUUCAACGGUAACAGACAGUUCCGGCAAUAAAAUACAAUUCCUACGGGACUAUAGUAAUAUCGUUAGUUCGAUUGAGAAUACGCAAGACCACAAAUCUGAAUUGAAAAUAUCAGGAAUUGGUUUGCUGGCCAAAUUAACCGAAAAAGGAAAGUCUGAAAUUGAAUUAGACUAUGACAGUACGUCCGGUUUGUUGAACAGUCGUUCGGGUGGAGGUGAAACGUAUAUCUAUCGUUAUGAUGAAUUCGGUCGAGUCAUCGGAUUGAUAUUACCGAGUGGCGAAACGGUUUCAAUUAAUUCACAGCUUGGCAUGGACAACGGGUUAAAGGUUCGUGUUUUGGCAUCGGUGCAGUCAUUGUUCUCACAAAAUAAGGCAGAAAACAAUGAAAUGUUGGUGAUGGGCGGCAUCGAAUCUUUGUCGAUGAAGAAAGGCGGUGAAAUGACUCGAGCUAAACUCAAUGCGAAUAAUACAAUGCAAGUAAUGACACCGAAUGGAGUGUUGAUUGAAUCAUCGGCUGUUGCUAGACAUCCACUUCUUGAGGCUGCUCUACCCGUUGAAGCGGAAAUGUUACCGAUGUGGUCACACCAAAGCAUCACAAUGGGCGAUGGAUUAACAAAUAGCAUGUAUUCGGUAUACAAUUUGGUUGGUGAUGUACGGAACCCUCAGCAAACGUUGAAUCGAGAGAUUUGGGUGAAUCAGAGUCGUGUGUUUGGUGUUGAAUUCGAUCAAUUUACCAGUAAAGAAACAUUCUAUGAUAAGAAUCGACAACUUAUUCUGUCAGUUUCGUUUGAUCCGAGUGGAUUACCGCAAUCAUAUCAUCCCGCCAACGGUUAUCCAUUAAACAUUUCGUAUGACAGAUUCAACCGUGUUGAUGGUUGGGCAUGGGGACCGGCUGAAUUAAAAUACACCUAUGACAGACAUGGACUAUUAUCGGAAAUCACUAGUACGCAAGAUGGGAUAAUCUCAUACGUCUACAAUGACUGGAAUUUAAUAUCCGAAAUUGGAUUAGCCAGUCAAAGGAAGUUUGCAAUAAAUUACGAUGAAAAUGGUGGACUGCGACAUGUCGUACUUCCAAGUGGCAACAAACAUUCGUUCAGCAUGCAGGCAUCAAUCGGAUUCAUACGCAUCACAUAUACACCACCAGGAAGUACCAAACCUUAUUUGCAGCACUAUUCAUAUACGGGAGCGUUGCUUCAAACUGUAUUCCCUGGCGACGGUGCUCACAUCGUCUAUCGAUACGAUACCACCGGACAAUUGUCGGAAAUUGUUCACGGCGAUGGUCGAAGUGAGUUUAUGUAUAAUUCAGACACAGGAAUGCCCAGCACAAUUUCACACACCGAACGAGAAUUAGAAUAUCGAUGGGACUUUGAAUAUACCGCCGGUUUAUUGACCGAAGAACGUAUCGACUUCACCGCUAAGACAGGACUGAGCAAUGCCAAAUUUACGUACGAGUACGACACCAACUUCAGACUGAUCUCCAUUCAAGGACGCAUUGGAGGACAAAAUUUACCUGCUCAACAAUUUAGCUAUAAUCCGCGCACUGGCCAACCGAAUCAGAUCGGUCAAUUCAAAAUCAAGCAUCCGCGAACGAAUCAGACCCAAGUGUUUGAUGGCACCGCUAGUUUCACCAGAACCGUUGAUGGUCGCUUCCAAGAAACGCAAAUGUCGGUAACAAUACAUCGAAUGGAAGUAUUUCGAAUGGAAUUUGCACACGAUGUGCAUGGUCGCAUUUCGCAGACACGAACAUACACACGAAAUGUUGGUGUGAACACGUACACGAACGUUAAGAACUACACGUGGGAUUGCGAUGGUCAAUUGAUUGGCGUUGAAGCACAAGAACCCUGGGGUUUCCGAUACGAUGACAAUGGAAACAUGUUGUCGUUAACCUAUCGCGGAAAUACGAUUCCGAUGGAGUACAAUCCACUCGACAGAAUUAUUAAAUUCGGCGAAGGCCAGUACAAAUACGAUUCCAGAGGCCUAGUAGCCCAAAAUGCCCGUGAAGAGCGCUUCCAUUAUAAUACCCAAGGUUUGCUGGUAAAGGCUACGAAAAGAGGACGAUUCGACGUACGCUAUUACUACGAUCACUUGAACAGAUUAACAACGCGGAAGGACAACUUCGGAAAUGUCACCCAGUUCUUCUACAACAAUCAAGAGCGUCCGCAUGAAGUUAGCCAAAUCUACUCACCGCGAGAUAUGAAAUUGAUGUCGUUGGUUUAUGAUGACAGGGGACACUUGGUGUACGCUCAGGUGUAUCGCCAUAAGUAUUACAUCGCCACAGAUCAAUGCGGUACUCCAAUAAUGAUCUUUAACCAGUACGGCGAAGGAAUUCGAGAAAUUAUGCGCUCACCAUAUGGACACAUAGUCUACGACUCCAAUCCAUACUUAUAUCUGCCUAUCGACUUCUGUGGAGGAUUGCUGGAUCAGGUGACAACUUUGGUUCACAUGCCAAACGGAAAGGUUUACGAUCCGCUUAUCGGUCAAUGGAUGUCGCCGAAUUGGGAAAACGUCGUCGACCGCAUAACUACUCCAACCAAAUUGCAUUUGUAUCGGUUCAACGGAAACGAUCCCAUCAACAUUGGUCAUGACCGAAAUUAUCCACCAACGUUCGAGGACUGGAUGAAAUUAAUGGGUUACAACGUAAGAAACAUGAUGCCUCAACUCGCUACCAAUUUGUGGGAACAACAACCUCUCUGGGGCCGCACAUUGCCGUCGAUACUUUCACCUGAUAUACGACGGUCACGAGACGAUAUUCCGUCAACAUCAGUCGAAUCGGGAUUCUUGGCUCAUUUGUCCAAUCGUCGAUUGAAAGACUUCGAAAAACUGUCAGCUCCACCAAAAUCGUCACUAAAAUCGAAUGUUCUGGAAACUGGAUUACCGAAAAUUGGAUCAGCAUCUGAACCGCCCUUCGGUAAGGGCAUCGUUGUCUCUCGAUCAUCAUCCGGCCAAGCAAUCGUGUCCAGUGUACCAGCAUCGAAUGCCAUCUACAAAGACGUGUACACAUCAGUCUUCAAUCGAUCGAAUUUAUUGCCGUUCACUUUCGUCGUGCACAAUUCGCAGCAGGAUGCGUUCUAUUUCGUGAAAGAGGAUUCAUGGCGAGCCAGUGAAGAUCGUCAACAAUUGAAACGACUGCAGGGCCAGGUAAACACAACAUUCCACGAAAUCGCCAAAGAAGGUGGCAGCGGCAACAAUUAUUUGGAUGUUAAAAUCCAUGGCGUCCAUGCCGUCAUCAAUUUACGAUACGGCACCACCGUCGAAAAGGAGAAACAACGACUGAUGCACCACGGUAAAUUGCAAGCCGUCCGAAAGGCAUGGCAUCGCGAAAAAGAGGCUCUGCGCAACGGGCUCACCACAACGACCGAAUGGACGCAACCGGAAAUCGAUGAGAUUUUGAAGCAGGGCUAUGUCAAUUUGUACGAAGGUGAAUACAUUCACGAUGUGAACGUGUAUCCGGAAAUGGCCGAAGAUCCGUACAAUAUUCGAUUUGUUAAAAAGAAAACGAAUCAAAUCCGUCGCCGUAAGCGUAGAUCGAUCCGAAGGACGGUACAUACAAAGUGUUUAUUGAAUGGAAUGUGUUAGCUUUUCUGUUGUUUUCGUUGUAAGUAAAAAAAGAAGAAGAAAAAAAAUUGUCAAAUUUAAUGUUUAAAUGUUUUCAAUGAACAUCACAACCAAUAGUAAGAAGAUAAAAUUUAAAAACAAAAAAAAAUGGAAAGAAAAAUUACAUUUAAUUAAAACAAAAAAAAACAAAAUAAGAAAAAUACAAUGGUGAUUCGAGCUUUUGAGACUGGCGUAUUUAAAAAAGAAGAUAAGAGAGAAAUAAAAUAAAAUAAACAGAGAGAUAGAGAGAGAGAAAUAAAUUUAAAAGAAAUAAAUUAACAAUUCAUCCAGAACCAAUUAAAAUGUAAAGAGAGACAACAACAAAACAAAUAUUUCUAAACAAACAAACAAACAAAAAAUCUAAUUGAAAAUGCGUUUCAUAAACAAAUUUGAAUUUUUUUAAAUAAAUUUUUUAAACUUCAAUUUGAGAAAAAGAAAGCGAGAUGCGAGAAUGUUAAAUAUUUAAAGAAAACAAAAAAAAACAUUUUAAAAAAGAAGAAAAUAAAAUUAAUGCAAAAUUUAGUGAGCUGCUUGUGGUAAAACACUAAAUGUAACUUGAAUUUAUAGGUGAGAAUGUAAGAUUUUAAUUUUUUAAUUUUUAGAUAUAUUUGAUUGAACAGAGGUAGCAAAUUUAUUCAAUUUUGUAUAACGAAUGAUACAGGAGUCGAACAAGAAACUAACAAUCGGAAAACAUCAAUUUCAACGGUAGAUCAAUAUAUUGGUUGGUUUUACAUCCGACUUAACCAAUUUUUAAUCCUUUGACUUCUCGAAUUUAUAAAUUGAAAAUCUCCACACCCGAAAUUCAAUUCUAUUCACUUUACAUUGCCGAAAAGAAUAAUUCUUCUUUUUAGUUAAAUAUAAUCGUAAUGGGAUGUCAUUGCUGCGUCGUUGAUAUUCUGGAUUAAUUUUCCCACUCUGAAAUAUACGGAAAACCUUUUUUUUAUUUCCUCUGAUACAAAUAGUACUGACAACAUCGUCUUUUCUAUAAGGAACGAACCGCCUUUAUGACUACCCCAGCAAAAGAUUUUCAAUUGAUUUAGGAAACGAAAUGAAUUAAUCAAUUGGUUCUAACCUUAGUUGGUACCUCAAGGGUCUAUUUAGAGAAUUAAAAUUCUUUGAAUUCUCGAAAAUUCAUUUCUAAGAUUUUCAGAAUGUUUCGAAGUUAUGAAGAAUUUUUCAGAAUUUACAAAUUCCCGAAGAUGGGUCCUGGUCAACUACGUCUAUUUGCAAGAAAUUAUUAAACUUUCGUCAAAUUCAUUUGAAACUUGAAAAACUUCAGCAAUUUUCGUAACUUCUGAAAUAGACGAAAAUUUCGAAACAAAUAAUUUGAAAACUUACGUUCUGCGGCAGGCACUAUCCGCCUCCGUUCCAAAAAAUACAUUUCUGCGUAUUUUAAAAUUAUUUUCAUCCAUUUUGAUUAACAUUUUUAACCCUUUUACUGAAUGAUACAUUUGAACUGCCAUCGAUGAUCUCAACAUAAAUUUCCUCAAAAAUGUCAUUUUCGAUAACAUUAAUAUUUUAAUUGUAACUUCACUUGUAGCUUGAGCUACUUAAGUUUCUUAGAAUGCGGGAGAACAUUCUUCGCAUUGUAAAAAAAAAACGACCUGGAAACAGAAUAUACCCUGACAGCAUUCAGACGGUAUGAGUUAGUCGAAUAUCUUAUUCGUGCAAAGGACUUUCAAAUAAUCGCAUCCGUCCGACCGAAUUUUGAACGAACGAACGAUUUUAAUGUCUACCAUUUCACAACGUAUAUUUUCCUGCUAGGAUCGCUCUUCAACUGAAUUUCAAUAUAUAAUGGAAAGUAGCCACAAUUCGUUUCAUAAAGUCUGCAUUCAAUUUUGUUUACUCGAAUUUAAAAAGAAAAAAAUUCGAAAUUGUUUCGGAGAAAAUUCUCGCUAUCAGCAGCAACAAAUAAUUUCGUGUAUCAACAUAAAAUGUGUGAGAGAAACAUUUAACGCCAUUAAAUGAAAUGACAAAAAAUUCUCCUCGUUAUAAACCUUCCAAUGAAAAAGCUUUGUGUAUGAACGUAGGUUUUACUUCGAUAUAUUUUGUACAUAGUUUUCAGUAAUCGCAACUGAAUUAAAAUGAAGAAGAAGAAGAAAUUUAAGCAAAUCAAGUAUUAAGUGUGAAAAUGUUUACAGUAGAUUUCAUGUUUUUUAAUUGUAACCGGGAGAUGAUGUUAGUCUGAAACAAACAAAAUAAAAAUAAAAUGCGGCGCUGUAAAAUAUAAAGACGAAGGAGAAAACGAAAUGUUUAACAUAGUGACGGACAAAUGCAUACACACACACCCACACCCAGACCAUGGAUAUUUUAAAGAGAGACUUUAAAGGAAUAACAAAAACAAAUAUUUUUACUGCUACGGCAACAGCCCUUUAAGACUAUAAGAGAAGGAAAGAGCUGCUAGGCGUGUUGUGAUAAGAUUUGAAUGCGUCACGGGCGCUAUGCUAACGCGCGCCCAUGAUGAAAAUAAAACAAAAACAAGAAAACGGUUCGAAGUUUACUAGCUGCAGUUAGAAUAAUAAUGUAUUGUCUGGUUAUUGUCAUCUCUCAGUCAGUCAGGUUCAGCGAGAAAAUUCUGCGAACUCAAUUUUAGCGCCAGCGAUAAUAAAAUUGGAAAUUUAAUGGAAUUUAACAAUAAAAGAAAAGAAGAACGUUCAUACGUUCAACAGCCGUGCGACGUUUCUCUAUUGUGCAAACUUUAACGCCAUUUGAUUUUAAUUGAAUUUACUGCUACGAAAUCUCUAUUUUUAGUCUAUAACAAAAAACAAACAUUAAAAAAAUGCUAAUUUUUGUACAUCUGUUUUGAAUUGAAAAAAGAAGAAGGAAAAUACGAAUUAGUGCUCAAUUCGUUUGCCAAUUAUUGAUUAACUUGAAUUUAUUGCUUAACCGGUUACAUUUGUUGGGUAUCAACGUAUCGUAUUGCAGUUACUGUUUUGUGGAAUUUAAUUCUUAGAAAUUUUAAUUAUUCUCAAAACUUCCCGGAAAAUCCAAAAUGAUUCCGUUGGAUUUUUAAGAAUUAAAUUCCUUUGGAAUGGAUCAUCACUGUUAUAUAUCGAUGAGCUUGGAUGGAGGAUUUUUUUUUCAUUGAAAUGAGUACUUUAUUAGUACUAUCAACCAUAGUCGUUUACAAACCAUUGGAUUGACACUUUCCCCAUUCUUUGUAUGAUCAAAUUUGAUUAGUUCAUAAUCUACAGUUGUUAAUCGAAUUCAAUUCAAUUUAUUGUACAGGAAAUUAUUCUGAUUGAGAUCAACGGCACAAGAGCACCGGUGAAGCAAUAAAUUGAACAAUUUUAAUUUUCUAACGAAUUGAAUAAUAAUUAGCGCACACACACAGAUUUUCCGAUAUAUAAACAUCUCGAUGAAUCUAUGUAUUCGAUAAAAUGAAACAAUUUUACAUAUUUAUCAGAACUCGAAGUUUAUAGUCAUUAAAAUAAUUAUAAAAUAAAAGAGUUGCCAAAUAAGAUUAUUAAAGAAGAAGAAGAAAGAAAAAACAAUGAGUAAAAGAAAACAAAAAACAGAUUGCGGCCAAUUUGUGCGUUAAAAAAUAUUUAAAACAAAAAAAUUUAAUUUUUUAAUUGAAACUAUGAACGCAGUCUCUGAAAAAGAAAAUAUGAAACUAUAAGGAUGGAAAAAUGAUAACAAUUUGAAAAGGUUAUUUUUUCCCCUGAGCAAAAUAAUAAAUGAAAACAAGAAAAUAUUGUAAAUAGUAAAAUAAAAAAAAAAAAUAAUUUAUAUAAAAAAACAACAACCAAGUGUAUUAAUGUAAAUGUUAACUGAUUAAAAUAAUAUAUAUUUAGAAAAUAUUUAAGCCAUACAUUUAAAGAAUAAAAUUAAAUAAAAAAAAACAUAAAAAUAAAAAAUGAUAAAAAAAUGAUAUUAUUGUACAUUGAGCUGUGUAAAUAGAACAGAAAAUAAAAAUAAUUAAAAAAAAAAAACAAAAAAACAUAGAAGAGAUGAAAAAUUAUUGCAUUUAAUAAAAAAAGCGAAACGCAAAACUUUAAUGGUUUAAUGGCAAAAAGUGAAGAUAGAGAACUGAACUUUUAAAUUAACAAAAAGAAAAAAAAAACAUUAACACACAAUUAAUUGAAACAAAGAAUUAAAUUAGUGUCGCGAGGAUAUCAAGGGUUUUAUAAAAAUUAAAGAAAAAAAAAUAUUAUAAGAAACAAAGGAACAGUUGAAAAUACAUCUUAUCUAUAUUAAACAAGUAAAA